AUGGAUUCCAACACAAUCUUCUUCUCUUCAAAAUUCCGAACCCCAAAUUUCCAACCUUCUUCUCCAUUGCUAUUUUCAACUAACCGCCUUCUAAUCAGUCGCCAAUUCCUUGGUUUCACUCACACUCUCAGGCCUCCCGGUGGUGCUUCUCUCAGAAAGAAACACAGGAACUUGGGGCUUCUAUGCCUCCAAUCUCCUGCCUUUGCCGUCAGAGCUUCUAUCGACUCCGAUUUGAUUCUCGUUGUCAUUGGUGUCACCUCAGUAUCUGCUUUAUCUCUUGCUUGCUACAAUCAGUUUUUUAGAAAGAGUGAGACUUCAAAAGAGGUAUCUGGUUCCUCACUUUCUGCUUUACCUUCACAAAUAGAAGUAAAAGAUGUGGACAUCCAAACUGCUGACAGUCAGAUUUUGGACAUUAGUGAUUUUCAAAGGGAGACCUUUGAAAAAGAAAAGGAUGGUUUAACCGAGAAAAUGAGGGAAGUGACCGAUGUUUCUGAAAGUAAAGAGGUGCUUUCACAGUUUCAUGAAAUUACGGUGGUGAAUGAUGAUUCUCUGUUGGCUAAAGCAUCAGAGUCAAAUGGUGCUGAUUGUUUUACAUUUAAUGCUAAUGGUUCUGAUGUUUCUGAAGAAUCUGGAACUACUGUUCUACCUCUUCCACCUACUGUGCUGCUUGAAUCAGGAGUAGUGCAGCCGCUUAUGUUUGCAACAGAAAUGUCAGAACUUCAUUUGGAAGAAAUUGAACGUGUAAAUGAAUUUAAAGCUGAUCUCCCUAGACUAGCUUUAGAGCCUACGUCUAGUGCUUCUUCAGUUUUUCUAGAAGAUGCUGAUGUCCUUGUUGCAGAAGGUGAAGUUACUAGACACUAUGACACAUACAAAGAAUCUGUCAGAGAAGAGCUUCACACCUUUUAUGAGGCUGAACAGUUGGUGACAAAAUCUUCAGCAAACUUGAAUUCUCUGACUCUGAAACCAGUAUCUUCUCAUGUGUUCUCUCCAAAUAGCAAUGGUUUUUCUUCACUGAAGCGGAAUAGUGAACUAAACAGGGCUCAGUUAUCUGUGAAGAACUCUCUCCAAACUGCAGAUAUGGUUGAAGGAAAAGUAACUCAGGCAUAUUCCAACAGAGGCUUUUCUCACAAAAGAAAAGUCUUUGGAAGGGGUAGAAAAUCUCCAAGAGACAAGGAGAAAAGGCACUUGAUUCAGGAAAAGGAUACAAAGUUGCCCCAGUUCCCCUUCCCAAAUGGGAAGCUUGCUAAUAACAAGUGCCAUCCUGAAGAGCAUUUCAGUUCUUAUAAUCAUUUACUAAGUCAUGGAAGGUUAAGUGACUGUGUAGAUUUGCUUGAAGAUAUGGAACAAAAGGGUUUACUGGAUAUGAAUAAGGUUUAUCAUGCAAAGUUUUUCAAAAUCUGCAAUAGGCAAAAGGCUGUUAAGGAAGCUUUCCGCUUCACAAAGCUGAUUUCAAACCCAACCUUGAGUACAUUUAAUAUGCUGAUGUCUGUGUGUGCAAGUUCUAAAGAUUCAGAGGGAGCCUUUGAAGUUUUACGACUUGUCCAGGAAGCUGGGUUCAAAGCUGAUUGUAAACUUUACACUACAUUAAUAUCUACAUGUGCCAAAAGUGGAAAGGUUGACAUGAUGUUUGAGGUAUUUCAUGAGAUGGUUAAUUCUGGAGUGGAACCUAAUGUUAAUGCAUAUGGAGCACUGAUUGAUGGUUGUGCCAGAGCUGGGCAAGUGGCCAAGGCAUUUGGUGCUUAUGGAAUAAUGAGAUCUAAGAAUGUAAAGCCAGACCGAGUUAUAUUCAAUGCACUUAUCACUGCAUGUGGUCAAUCUGGAGCAGUGGAUCGUGCUUUUGAUGUGUUAGCAGAAAUGAUGGCUGAAACACAUCCUAUAGACCCUGAUCAUAUCACUGUUGGUGCAUUGAUAAAGGCAUGCUCAAAUUCCAGUCAGGUUGAUCGGGCACGGGAAGUAUACAAGAUGUUAGAUGAAUUUAAUAUCAGGGGCACCCCAGAAGUUUAUACAAUUGCUGUUAAUUGUUGCAGCCAGACUGGUGAUUGGGAGUUUGCAUGCAGAGUCUAUAGUGACAUGAAAAGGAAAGGUGUGGCUCCUGAUGAGGUGUUUAUCAGUGCAUUAAUAGAUUUUGCAGGGCAUGCUGGAAAGCUGGAUGCUGCUUUUGAAAUCCUACAGGAAGCAAAGAAUCAAGGGAUGAGUAUUGGAAUUGUGUCAUAUAGUUCAUUGAUGGGAGCCUGCAGCAAUGCUAGAAACUGGCAGAAGGCACUGCAGCUGUAUGAGAAUAUAAAGGCUGUUAAACUGAAUUUAACAGUUUCUACAGUUAAUGCUUUAAUUACUUCCUUGUGUGAAGCAGAUCAGCUGCCAAAGGCCAUGGAAGUUUUAUCAGAGAUGAAGGAGUUAGGAUUGUGUCCAAAUACCAUCACAUACUCCACACUUUUGGUGGCAAGUGAAAGAAAGGAUGAUCUUGAAGUAGGCCUAAUGCUCCUGUCUCAGGCAAGAAAAGAUGGGGUGGCACCUAACCUUAUUAUGUCUAGAUGCAUAAUUGGCAUGUGCUUGCGAAGAUUUGGGAAGGCUUGUAUAGUUGGUGAGCCUGUUUUGUCUUUCAAUUCAGGACGACCACAUAUUGAAAACAAAUGGACGUCAAUUGCCCUGGCAGUCUAUCGUGAAACUAUUGUUACUGGUACAGUACCUUGCAUGGAAGUUGUUUCACAAAUUUUAGGAUGUUUGCAACUCCCUCGUGAUGAUUCUUUGAGAAGUAGACUCAUUGAGAACCUGGAAGUUAGUGCUGAUUCAUCAAGAUUUGCUAGCCUCAGUUCAUUGAUAGAUGGAUUUGGCGAAUAUGAUCCACGUGCUUUUUCGUUACUUGAGGAGGCUGCUUCUUUUGGGAUUGUUCAAUGUGUAUCCUUCAAAGAAAGUCCUAUUGUUAUAGAUGCAAGAGAGUUGCAAAUUAAUACAGCAGAGGUUUACCUCUUAACUAUAUUGAAAAGUCUCAAGCAUCGGCUUGCUGCAGGUGCAAAAUUGCCCAGUAUAUCCGUCUUGCUGCCCUUGGAGAAGGCACAAAUCUUGACUUCUGAAGGGGAGAAAUCAAUUAAUCUUGCGGGAAGGAUUGGCCAGGCAAUUACAGCAUUAUUGAGGAGGCUUGGACUACCAUACCAAGGGAAUGAAUCCAAUGGAAAAAUCAGAAUCAAUGGCCUUGCGUUACAAAGAUGGUUUCGACCAAAGCUGGCUUCUCCUUUCACUGGAAAACCAGGAGAGUGGAAUGCCUCCCAAAUGCGGUUAGGAAAAGGAAUCUCCCAUCAGCAACGCAGCAUUCGAACUGGCAAUCUGUCCUUGGAUUAAGGGUAGAAUCUUCAGAAUUGGCAACAUGGAAACAACUUGGAAGAAUUACUUGUGUUUCCUCAAACAUAAGCUGAUCCUCUUUAGAAAUUUAAUCAAUGACUUCCACCUUCAUGCUCCUGAUCACCAUGCUCUGGUUGCUAUCUUUGAAUCCAAUAAAAAUUGCAAAAGAAAAGUCAGAAUCUCCCUUCUAAUGAGUAGAUCGAGGAGUUGUUGAUGGGAAGAUAAACAGAAUCUGAUCUAAUGGUCAUUUUGUGUAAAGAGGGUGAUGGGUGGGAAGGGAUUUCAAAAUCCUUCAUUUUGUGAAGCAUUCCAAAUGACUGGGUGAUUAAUGCAUCAGAUGCUUAUGAGUCAACCGUCUACGUCCAUGCAGAUUCAGGGACGGACAUAGAAUCAGUUGUCAAGUAUAAUAAGAAUCUGUACGAGGGUUGUUACAUCAAGUUAUGCAAGGCCUAGUAUACCAUUUGUGAAAUAUUCUACAUAUGAAGGCAAAAAGAACAAAGAGAUAAGUGCAUGAUAAUAAAAAAAUUGAGUUUUUUCCAAUUGAGUAAUCAAAGUGAUGUAACCGUGAAUAGCUGAUUCAACUUCCCAGCUUUUCCCAUUAUCAAGAAUUAUUAACUGGUCACGAAUAGUGUGGAUUUCCGUAACUUCCAACCAAAAAUCUAGCUCAAGACCCUGAUUGUUGUUGAGAACAGA